CCUUUCUCAUGUUUUCUUGUAAGUUUCUCAUAGGAAGCUGCAACUUUCACCUUGCAUAAUACAGACAACUUCCCCAGCCGCUGUUGUUGGCGCGUGGUUUACAUCACUACAUUCCUUGCUGUAAUCCCCAAGAAAUCCCAUUAUCUUUCCUCUCAUUAAAAUUCUCACCUUUUACUCCAUUAAAGUUACACAGAUUUUGCUGAGAAAUAAAAUAAAAAUAAAAUACAACGCAGUUGAUUCCCAUUAACCCCCGCACCCCCACGCCCACGCCACCCCAUCCAAAAGUCGAAUAUACCCGUUACUUUAUUUUAUUGUAGUAUAGUAUAGUAUAUGCACACAGCACAUACAUGUGUCUGCUUAUUUGCUAUACUUGCUGCAAGUAACAACUUUGCUGUUUGAAAUUUUUGAAGAGAAAAAAGAUAUUUGGAGAGUUACCCAAUUAGUGUAAAGCUGCUGCAGAACUAAGUGCAAUGAAUCUCCGGCAACGGCCACCAUUCACGCGCGGUCGUGGUGAUCACGCGCGGCCCCGUAUCGAGCCGUACAACAUAAUCCCCAUCCAUAACUUGCUGGCUGACCACCCUUCACUUCGUUACCCUGAAGUACGCGCCGCUUCAGCUGCUCUACGCGCCGUCGGGGAUCUCCCGUUGCCACCAUUCAUGCCAUGGGGUGACAACAAGGACUUAAUGGACUGGCUUGGACAAUUUUUCGGGUUUCAAGAUGAUAAUGUAAAGAAUCAAAGGGAAAACCUAGUUCUUCAUUUGGCUAAUGCUCAAAUGCGCAUUCAUCCACCACUUGCCACACCUGACCGUCUUGAUUAUGGUGUUUUAAGGCAGUUCAGGCAGAAGUUGUUGAAGAAUUACUCAUCUUGGUGUUCAUAUCUUGGUAAAAAGUCACAAGUUAAGUUACCAAGAAGGCAAAGUCCAGAACUUUCAAGACGUGAGCUUUUGUAUGUAUGUCUUUAUUUGUUGAUUUGGGGUGAGGCUGCUAAUCUACGUUUUGCUCCUGAGUGUUUAUGUUAUAUAUAUCAUCAUAUGGCUAUGGAAAUGAAUUAUAUUGUUGAUGGUCAUAUUGAUGAGAAUACUGGACAAGCUUAUGUUCCUUUUACUUUUAAACAGUUUGGUUUCUUGGAUAAAGUUGUAACUCCUAUUUAUAAUACAAUUAGAGAUGAAGUCAAGAGGAGUAGAAAUGGGACUGCCCCUCAUUCAGCUUGGAGGAAUUAUGAUGAUAUAAAUGAGUAUUUUUGGACUAGGAAGUGUUUUAGGAGGUUGAAAUGGCCUCUUGACUUGUCGAGUGCUUUUCUGGAUACUACUGUAGGUAGGAGAGUUGGUAAGACAGGGUUUGUUGAGCAGAGGACUUUCUGGAAUAUAUUUAGGAGCUUUGAUAGGUUGUGGGUGUUGUUGAUAUUGUUCUUUCAGGCUGCUGUUAUUGUUGCUUGGCAAGGCACAGAUUAUCCGUGGCAGGCUUUGGAAAAGAGGGAUGUGCAAGUGCAGUUGCUUACUAUCUUCAUAACUUGGGCUGGUUUGAGGUUUAUACAGUCAAUCCUUGAUGCUGGAACUCAGUAUAGUUUAGUUUCCAGGGAUACGAUGUGGAUAGGUGUGAGAAUGGUAUUGAAAAGCAUAGUUGCUGUGACAUGGGCAGUUGUGUUUGGGGUGUUCUAUGCCAGGAUUUGGAGGCAGAGGAAUUCUGAUAGGAGGUGGUCAUAUGAGGCGAACCAAAGGAUCUUCACAUUUCUUGAGGCUGCUUUGGUGUUUGUCGCCCCAGAGUUGUUAGCUCUUGUCCUUUUCAUUCUCCCAUGGCUACGAAAUGUGAUUGAAAAAACAAACUGGCCAAUUUUUUACUUACUAACAUGGUGGUUCCACACCAGGAUAUUUGUGGGUCGUGGGCUCAGAGAAGGGCUUAUUAAUAACAUAAAGUACACAUUGUUCUGGAUUGCAGUAUUGGCUUCCAAAUUUGUCUUCAGUUAUGCCUUUCAAAUAAGGCCACUGCUUGGUCCUACGCGAGCUCUUUUGAAUAUAAAAAAUGCGAAGUACAAGUGGCGUGAAUUUUUCGGUAGCACCAAUGAGCUAGCGACUGUUUUGUUGUGGAUUCCAGUUGUUCUAAUUUAUCUAGUUGACCUGCAGAUUUGGUACACUAUAUAUUCCGCUAUUGUAGGAGGAACAGUUGGGUUGUUCUCACAUAUAGGUGAAAUUAGGAACAUUAAACAGCUCAGACUCAGAUUCCAGUUCUUUGCAAGUGCAAUGCAGUUCAAUCUGAUGCCCGAGAUUCAGACUAUAGAUGAUACGGCCACCCUGGUUCACAAGCUUCGGAAUGCAAUACAUCGGAUUAAGUUAAGAUAUGGACUUGGAAGCCCAUACAAGAAGAUUGAAUCGAGCCAGGUGGAUGCAACUAGGUUUGCCUUAAUAUGGAAUGAGAUCAUCAUAACUCUGAGGGAGGAAGACUUCGUGAGCGAUCAUGAGCUGGAGCUUAUGGAGUUGCCACCAAACUGUUGGGAUAUUAAGGUUAUUCGUUGGCCGUGUUUUCUCUUGUGCAACGAGUUGCUUCUUGCUCUCAGCCAUGCAAGCGAGCUGGCAGAUGCACCUGACGGAUGGGUUUGGUUUAGGAUAUGCAAGAAUGAGUAUAGGAGGUGUGCAGUGAUUGAGGCUUAUGACAGCAUCAAAUACUUGCUACUAGAGAUCAUAAAAUAUGACACUGAAGAGCAUUCAAUAGUCACUGCACUUUUCCAUGAUAUUGAUGAUUGCAUUCACUUUGAAAAAUUUACUAAAGCCUACAAGAUGACCCUCUUGCCACGCAUUCAUGAAAAGUUGGUGUCUCUUAUUGAGCUUUUGCUCAGGCCAGAGCCGGAUUUGCGUGAUAUUGUCAAUGUAUUACAGGCCUUGUAUGAGGUUUCCGUUAGGGAAUUUCCAAGGGUGAAGAAGAGAACAGAACAACUGAUGCAGGAAGGUCUUGCUCCUACAAAUCCAGAUACGGGGCUUCUUUUUGAAAACGUGAUUGAGUUUCCUGAUAUUCAAGAUGCUUUCUUCUACAGGCAGCUGCGCCGUUUGCAGACAAUUCUUACUUCCAGAGAUUCAAUGCAGUAUGUUCCAAGAAAUAAGGAAGCAAGAAGGCGUAUUGCUUUCUUCAGUAACUCUCUUUUUAUGAAUAUGCCACGAGCUCCCCAGGUAGAGAAGAUGAUGGCCUUCAGCGUCUUGACCCCUUACUACGAUGAGGAAGUUCUGUUUGGCAAAGAAAGUCUUAGGAGUCCUAAUGAAGAUGGAGUAUCCACCAUAUUUUAUCUGCAGAGGAUUUAUGAUGAUGAGUGGGAGAAUUUCAUGGAACGGAUGCGUAAAGAAGGAAUGCAGGAUGAGGAGGAGAUAUGGAACACUAAAUCAAGGGAGAUCCGUCAAUGGGCGUCGUACAGGGGCCAGACUCUGUCCCGUACUGUAAGAGGCAUGAUGUAUUAUUACAAGGCUCUCAAGAUGCUUUCCUUCCUUGAUUCUGCUUCAGAGGUCGAUAUAAGGCAUGGCUCACAAGAAAUUGCUUCACUAGGUUCAUUGAACCAAAAUAAUCACCUGAACGGGUUAAGCUCUGGCAUGUUACAAACUUCUCGAAAUCUUCACAGAUCAAGUAGCAGCGUCACCCUUCUUUUUAAAGGACACGAGCUUGGUGCUGCUCUUAUGAAAUUCACUUAUGUGGUGACCUGCCAGGUGUAUGGUUCUCAGAAGAAGAAGGGUGAUCGACGUGCUGAGGAGAUCCUAAAUUUGAUGAAGCAUAAUGAGGCCCUCCGAAUUGCUUAUGUAGAUGAGGUUUACCUGGGAAGGAAUGAAGUAGAGUACUAUUCUGUUCUAGUGAAGUAUGAUCAACAACUGAAGGAAGAAGUGGAAAUUUAUCGCAUAAAGUUGCCUGGUCCUCUGAAACUUGGGGAGGGUAAGCCGGAGAAUCAGAACCAUGCCAUUAUCUUCACCAGAGGUGAAGCAGUUCAGACCAUAGACAUGAAUCAAGACAAUUACUUUGAAGAGGCACUUAAGAUGCGGAAUCUAUUGGAGGAAUUCAAGGAGAAUUAUGGUAUAAGGAAGCCCACCAUUCUGGGAGUUCGUGAAAAUAUCUUUACUGGUUCUGUGUCAUCUCUUGCUUGGUUCAUGUCUGCCCAGGAGACAAGUUUUGUGACUCUGGGGCAACGCGUUCUUGCCGAUCCUCUCAAGGUACGGAUGCACUAUGGUCAUCCAGAUGUCUUUGACAGGUUCUGGUUCUUGUCCAGGGGUGGCAUCAGCAAGGCUUCCAAGGUGAUUAAUAUAAGUGAGGAUAUAUUUGCUGGAUUCAAUUGUACCUUGCGAGGUGGCAAUGUUACCCACCAUGAAUACAUACAAGUGGGUAAGGGAAGGGAUGUUGGAUUGAAUCAGAUCGCCAUGUUUGAGGCUAAGGUUGCUAGUGGCAAUGGUGAACAGGUUUUGAGCAGAGAUGUAUACAGGUUGGGUCAUAGACUAGAUUUCUUUCGCAUGCUUUCAUUCUUCUACACGACUGUUGGCUUCUUCUUCAACAACAUGAUAGUGGUAGUAAUGGUCUUUACAUUUUUGUGGGGGCGCCUUUAUCUUGCACUCAGUGGUGUUGAGGAGUACGCCAGCAGAAAUGCCAGCAACAACAAAGCACUUGGUUCAAUUUUGAAUCAGCAGUUUGUUAUCCAGCUUGGUUUGUUCACUGCCCUCCCUAUGAUUGUGGAGAACUCUUUGGAGCAUGGUUUCCUUCCGGCAGUCUGGGAUUUUGUAACUAUGCAACUGCAGCUUGCCUCACUAUUUUUCACAUACUCAAUGGGAACCCGUGCACAUUUCUUUGGUAGGACCAUUCUGCAUGGCGGAGCAAAGUACCGAGCAACUGGACGCGGUUUUGUUGUGGAGCGCAAGAGCUUUGGUGAGAACUAUCGACUAUAUUCUCGCAGCCACUUUGUCAAAGCAAUUGAACUUGGAGUUAUCCUGGUUGUGUAUGCGUCACAUAGCCCCGUGACUAAAGAUACCUUUGUGUAUAUAGCUAUGACUAUAUCAAGUUGGUUCCUUGUCGUGUCAUGGAUAACAUCUCCCUUUGUGUUCAAUCCCUCUGGGUUUGACUGGUUAAAAACUGUGUAUGACUUUGAUGAUUUCAUGCAUUGGAUUUGGUACAAUCGAGGAGUUUUUGAAAAAGCAGAUCAUAGUUGGGAGACAUGGUGGUAUGAAGAACAGGACCACUUGAGAACUACUGGCCUAUGGGGAAAGUUGCUUGAGAUUAUUUUAGAUCUUCGUUUCUUCUUCUUUCAAUAUGGAAUUGUGUAUCAAUUACGCAUUGCUGGUGGUAAAACCAGUAUUGGUGUUUACUUGCUGUCUUGGAUUAUUAUGGUUGCUGUUGUGGCAAUUUACAUUGCCAUUGCUUAUGCAAAGGACAAAUAUGCUAUGAAUAAGCACAUAUAUUAUCGAAUGAUGCAGUUGCUUGUCAUUCUGCUCACGGUAUUGGUGAUUGCUAUGUUGUUGAGGUUCACCCGGUUUACGUGGUUUGAUUUGAUCACAAGUUUGUUGGCAUUUAUUCCAACUGGAUGGGGCUUAAUCCAAAUUGCCGUAGUGCUCCGGCCCUUUUUGCAGUCUACUUUGGUUUGGAGCACUGUUGUGUCCUUGGCUCGGCUAUAUGACAUGAUGCUUGGGCUAAUUGUUAUGGCUCCUCUGGCAUUGUUAUCAUGGAUGCCUGGUUUUCAAUCCAUGCAGACAAGGAUAUUAUUUAAUGAAGCUUUCAGCAGGGGCCUUCAGAUAUCUCGUAUCCUCACGGGAAAAACUUCAUAAUGUGAGGAACGAGUUAAUUAACUUCAGAGGCACGCGCUUCUCUUUUCUAGGUAGAUUCUAUAGGAUGUGUUUCCUGAUAAGCUCCUUCAUUUUUCGUGGGCUCUUGGACGGGUAAUUUGAUUUUGUGCAAUCUACUCAGCCUGGGUACCCUAUCAUCCUUCAGUCUACCAAGUCAACGAGUCCUGCGUAAUUUUGGAAGUUGAGACAUCUGCGGACCUAACUUUUCCCAAUUUCUCUCUUAAUAAACUCUGCUAUACUACCUUCUUUCUUCUUCAACCAGCUGAUCUACAUGCAAAAAACACAGCACUUUCCUGAAAAAUUUCGCUGCUGUUUCUUCUCAGCAACUGGACACCGAUAACCGUGAAUGGUUUGUGCCAAGUUAAACUAAAGCGGACGUGGAGCAGUUGGGGCGUUUCUUCUUAAUUUUAGUCUUAGUAUGGAUAGGUUCAGGAAUCAUCGCUAGAUGGUACCAUGUUUCCAAUUUUGUAGUUCUGUACAUAUGGCCGCGUGUAAAUGACAUAUUAGCUUCUGAUAAUAACACAAUAAUGCUUAUUUUUGAUGGGCUAGUCGACUACACUGGACCGUUCACCAACUAUGGCUUGGCUACUGAGCUUGCAAAUGGAAAUUGCUCUCUUCUAACUCCUACUUGCUUUUUUUGUUCUUGAGGGUUGGGGGGUUAAUUAACAAGGACUGAUGUAAUUCUAUCCACUCAAUGAGCCAGACUAGUUGCUUCGUCGUCUUAAAUUGUAAUGGAACUUAGCUCUCUGGAAAACAUCAAUUUUGAGAUGUUACCUAGUUCAGCAGGAAAAGAUAGAUUUAUUCAAUCUUUUUAGGCUUAAGUAACUAAAACGCCUCCGAACUUGGCACAAAUUGCAACUUUCGUCCCCAAACUAUUGCUGCACUUCAAGACACCUCUGGACUUGGCAAAAUGGGUUUUAAUUAAUCCCCGAGCUGCCACAUGGCAUAGUGAGUGUAGUCACACGCCAAGAGGCGCGUGAGAGGUGCCACAUCAGCAUAAAAACGAUGUGGAUUUCCGGCGGUGGUAAGGGUUUCAUGGUCCGAUAACAAUCCGGGAAGGAGAUUUUGGGGUUGUCAAAAUUACAAGGUGAAAGGUCGAAGUUCUUGCAAAUUUUUCGAUUGGUAUGAACCACCAUUUCCGGAGCAAGCUAAUGUUGUUAUUUGGGGUUCGUUGAAGAAGAAAAACAAAUAUGAGCAAGAGUUGAAGUGGUCAAAAACAUUGAAGAUUUGUCUAUGUAUUAGUGUCCUAUGUAAUUUGAUGUUUUAUCUUGGUUCUGGUAGCAGUACUAAUUAGGUUGAAGUGAAGUUGUACUUAGAUGAUUAACAACGGUUGUAGUACUAAUUAGGUUGAAGUGAAGUUCUAUUUACAUGAUUAACAA